UGUUUUCAAUUUGGCAGUUGAAGGACAACCGUGGUAGAGUGAGUACGUACGGCUCGUAUUAAAAUGAGAUAUCAUCAAACCUCGAGAUGUCUCGAGAGAUCAGUCAUUUUCCAGAAGAUGAGUUUUUAGAAGAGAAACGUAUCGAAAAAUAUCUUCGAGCUAUCGCCGAAGAUAAAUCAUUGUCCGAUCCAAAUUUUCAAGUAACACGGGCAGUCAAAGCUGGUGAAAAUUUUAUCAGUGAUGUUUAUCGUGCCUUAAUAGAAGGUGAAAAGAAUGGAAGGAUCGAGAAGAUUCAUUUGAUCGUAAAAUGUGCUCCCAACGACUCCCGAAGAAAAUUCAUCAAAAUUAGAAAAAUGUUUCUUCAGGAGAUCCGUUUUUACAAGGAAAUUUUGCCUAUUUUCAACGAUUUUCUACGUGAUUAUAAUAUGUCUGUUGAUAAUAUUCCUUUCAUGUAUAGCUACUCGAAGGAUGAUAAAAACGAGAUUUUAGUGUUAGAGGAUUUGAAAACAAAAAAUUAUAUUAUGAGAGAAACAAAGUUUCUUGAUUAUCCACAUGCUCGAUUGGCUCUACGUUGUCUCGGAAAAUUUCACGCAUACAGCUUCGCAAUUCGAGCUAAGAAGCCUGAUACUUUCGAGAUGUUCAAAUCGAUAGAGGAACCUUUAUUUUAUCGUGAAAGUUCUGCUACGCACAAUAAAGAAAUGUACACUCGUUCGAUUAAAUUGUGCGAUAUCGUUGCAAAGACUCUAGAAGGUGAAGACGAACAUUAUCGAAAAAGAUUUAAUGAUUUCGUUAAAAACAUGUUUGAUACUAUAUUUGAAAUAGUUCAAGGAUCUGUUGCUGAACCUUAUGCCGUUGUAAAUCAUGGUGAUGCUUGGACAAAUAAUUUUUUAUUUAAAUACAAGGAGAACGAAAGAACCUAUGAGCCGCAGGAUCUUCGCUUCCUCGACUUUCAAAUCUGUCGUUACGCAUCGCCUGCCUUGGACAUAUCCUAUACGUUAUUUUGUUCCACCCUAUACGAGAUUAGGGUCGAACAUUACGACGAUCUACUUCGAGAUUAUUACGAUUCCUUCUCUAAAUGUCUUGAAAAUUUAGAUUGUAAUCCUAGAGAACUAUUUCCUUAUGAAAUAUUAUUGGAACAUAUCGAACGUUUCGGUAAAUAUGCCGUUUGUAUGGCUAUACAUGUUUUACAUCUUUUCACAAAUCAAAAUGAUAUUUCUGAGAGUAUCGACGUUAACGUUUAUUAUGACAAAUUGGAGAAGAACGAUUUUUAUAGGGAGACAUUGAUAAAUACUUUUAAAGAAUUCAUAGAUAGGAAUAUUAUAUAAAAUUUUUUAUGCGUGUACAAUAUUGUCGAUAAAGAGACGGUGUUUUUAUUUUUGUUAAAUCUAAUCGUGAAUAAUUAUAUUAUAUAAUUUUUAUUAUAU